AGCUGGGGUGGCUGAGGGAUAAGGCCCUGGCCCUGCCCCUGGCUUCUCCUCCCUUCCCCCAGGUAUAAGAGCUGAGCCAGCGCAGGUGAGCUGGCUCCUCCAUCCCGUCUCUGCAGCUGCCAGCAGGCAGAUCAUGAGCCAUCAGCUCCUGUGGGGCAGGCUAUAGGACAGACGACAAAACUAACUCACAGAAGGCACCAUGGGACAGUGUCGGUCAGCCAAUGCCGAGGAUGCUCAAGAAUUCAGUGAUGUAGAGAGGGCCAUUGAGACCCUCAUCAAGAACUUCCAUCAGUACUCUGUGGAGGGUGGAAAGGAAACACUGACCCCUGCUGAACUACGAGAUCUGGUUACCCAGCAGCUGCCACACCUCAUGCCGAGCAACUGUGGGCUAGAAGAGAAAAUUGCCAGCCUGGGCAACUGUAAUGACUCGAAGCUGGAGUUUGGAAGCUUCUGGGAGCUGAUUGGAGAAGCAGCCAGGAGUGUGAAGAUGGAGAGUCCUGUCGCUCGGAGCUGAGGACCUCUUCUUGGAACUUGUUGUGGGUGUUGGGGGCAGGGGAUUUUAGAGGCCCUGGGCCUGGAAAUAAAACUUCUCUCUACCCCUACCACCCCA